CGAUGACCUAAAUUCCAUAGAGAGAGCGAGAGAAAAAAAUCCCAAUCCAUCCACCCUCGCCGCGAGAUCGCCGGGCGCCGCCAUGUCGACUCCAGCCGCCGCCUACUACGCCGCCGCCGCGCGCAAGCAAUACUUUUGCUACCAAUGCAACCGCACCGUUCUCAUCGCGGCCUCCGCCGCCGCCGCCGGGGAGCUCUCGUGCCCCGAGUGCCACGGCGACUUCCUCGAGGAGGUCACCGUCCCUGCCCCCACCUUCAUCCCGCUGCCCUUCCCGUUCCCCUUUGCCCCCACCACGAUCCCCGCCGCCAGCACCACCCCGGCCCCCGCCCCAGCAGCCGGCUCCGGUGGGUCCCCUUCCUUAUCGUCCUCGUCCUCUUCCGCCGCGACCUCCCCUUCCCAGCCCAACGACAUCUCCUCCAUCCUCAACUCCUUCCUGGGACUAGGCGAACAACCCAUCAGGGUCGGCGGCUCUGCCUCGCGCGCCGCCGCCGGCACGGCCACCCCCGAGAACGAGCCCGAGCCCUUCGACCCGGUCAUGUUCUUCCAGAAUUACAUCCAUAGCCUCGUUGAGGGAGGCGCCAACAUCCAGGUCCUCCUCGACGACGCCAGCGUCACCCUCGGCUCCGGACCCGGCCUCGGGCGUAUCGGCGGGGCAAGCUUUGGGGAUUACUUCGUCGGCCCAGGCCUCGAACAACUCAUCGAGCAGCUCGCCGAGAACGACCCCAACCGCUAUGGCACGCCGCCGGCUGCCAAAUCGGUCCUCUCCUCGCUCCCCGACGUCCUCGUGACUCAUGCCAUGGUCGCAGCUGCGGAGGGCGCUGAGUGCGCCGUCUGCAAGGAGGAUUUCUCGCCUGGAGAGGUGGCCAAGCAGAUGCCCUGCAAGCACAUCUACCACACUGACUGCAUUGUGCCGUGGCUUGAGCUUCACAACUCGUGCCCCAUCUGCCGAUUUGAGCUGCCUACUGACGAUCCUGAUUACGAGGGGCGGAAGGGCACUAAUCCUCAGCCGGCUGUUGGUGUGGCUGCUGCUGCAUCUGGGAGCUCUACUGCUGCUGAGGGACAGAUGGAGGAGAGGCAGGAGAAUCCAAGGGUGGUUGAGAGGAGGUUCAAUGUGUCGCUGCCGUGGCCAUUCAGUGGACUGGGAGGGCAAACAUCGCAGCAGGAUGGGAACAGUGGAGGCAGUGGUAGCAACUCACAAGGAAAUGCACAGGAUGGUGACCCACCCAGCAACAAGAAUUGAUCACAAAUCAGCUGGAGGUUACACCUUGUGGCGAUCCGUUGAGAAGUCUGCAGUAUUUAUGUGUCACCAUGACUUCUAUACCUACAGGAAUUUACAGUCUAUUUGUUAUGGAACAAUCGUUUUGUUUUACUUCCCUUUGUCGCUGUUGGUUAGGUCAUGUAGACAAGGCAGCGAAAGCUGCCCUGCAGCGGAAUCCGCGCGUUGAGAGGGUCGAGACUUUGUGUAGAUUUAUUGGUUGGUCCUGGUGUAUGAUGAAAUGGUGAAAUCCCAAAUCCAUGCCGUGCAUGCU